ACUUAGAAGUCAGCUGAUGUUCUUGUUGGGCUGCUGGAAGUUCUUGCUAUAAUUUUUGCUAAAAUUUAAACAUGUAUUAAUAUUAUUGCCGUUUUCCUUUAAAUUAUGUUGCGUCCUAAAGCAUUAACACAAGUACUCAGUCAAGCAAACACCAAUGGCGUACAAAGCACGCUGUUAUUGAAUAAUGAAGGCUCUCUAUUGGCAUAUUCUGGAUAUGGAGACACUGAUGCAAGAGUCACUGCAGCCAUUGCCAGCAACAUUUGGGCAGCUUACGACAAAAACGGACACCAGGCCUUUAAUGAGGACAAACUGAAAUUCAUUCUGAUGGAUUGUAUGGAGGGCAGGGUGGCCAUUACACGUGUUGCAAACUUGUUGCUUUGCAUGUAUGCCAAGGAGACAGUAGGCUUUGGGAUGCUUAAAGCCAAGGUGAGAUUUGGCUGAAGCUUUAGUGCAGUACCUUGAGGAACCACUAACACAAGUGGCAGCGUCGUAGGAUGUACUUCUGUGUAUUUGUGUACAUUGAAACAGAAACUUCUGAAGAUCUUGGCCUUUAUAAUAUAUUAUCUAUGGCUUUAUUUAUUUGCAUACUCUAUAUGAUUGCUAUAUCAAACUGUGUGGCUAUUAGAUCCAAAAUAAUGCUUUGCAUAAAUCAUUAAUAAUUACAUUUGAACUGCAUUUUCCCUUUUCUUCGUUUAUGUCUCAGUAUUUUUGCAGUCAGUGUCAACAAUAUGAAAUACAUUUUGAAUAAUUUUUUGUUACAUGUUGUUAUUUUACCUUUAAAACAAGAAAUUGUUGCUUUUUAUUAAUUACAUCUGGAAUAAUAUUCGUUGAACCAAAAAUAUACAAAAUAAGGAAUAUUUUAUACGCAUUUCAUUCAGCUGAAAAUUGUGUGUCAUAAUGAAAUAUCACUUUGUCUUAGUUUGGGGUUUCUGCAUUUCUUAAAAAGGUCUUAGAGUCACACUUUUACAAAUUGUAAAAGCUGUAAAAGUUCUUAAAUCAGAGCACUAAAUCUUGAAUUCAUAAACUCUUGGCAUUAAAUCUGCAAAAAUAUCUUCCUUUUGUGUUUUUGUCUUGU